CUGAACUUUCUGUCAAACAAACCAAGAUACAAAACUGUCCUUAAAGGAACUCGCCAGUUCUUGUCUCUCACUCUUUGGGUGGGUUUUUCUCAUCACUAUCAAAUUAAAAGCCAAACCCAUCUGAACAAAAUGGGACAUGGUUUUGGAGGCUGUUUGCAAUCUUUCACAAUUCUACUAUUGGCUUUGAGCAUGCCAUGUUCACAUUCUCUGAGGAUCAAAAACAGAAUCAAGACAAAUUCUGCCGUUUUCUUGUCCCCCAAGUUUGAGUUGGGACCAGGAUCAGUGGAGAACAAGUAUUACCAUGACAUUGACUUCCCAAUAGGUCACAUUGCUCUCAAAAGAUUGGACGCUGAGGUAGUCGAUGAAGCAGGGAGUCCUAUCCCUCUUCACGAGACUUAUCUUCACCACUGGGUCGUCGAGAGAUAUCGUAUUCGCAAAGAUGUCCUGGAUGUAGAACAUGAUGCCACUCAGAAACUUAACCAGUCAAACUUUAUGUUUGUGAGGAACAAUGGAGUAUGCCAAGGGAAUUAUUUGGGGCAGUACUACGGCCUUGGCUCUGAAACACGAAAAACUGCCACGUUUAUUCCCGAUCCUUAUGGGAUUGAGACUGGCAACCCUGCAGAGAUUCCUGACGGAUUCGAGGAGAGAUGGAUGCUCAACGUGCACGCGAUUGACACAAGGGGUGCGGUUGAUAGGUUGGGAUGCACCGAGUGCAAGUGUGAUCUGUAUAAUGUCACCAAGGACGAGUUUGGCCAUCCUUUGAGUCCGGAUUACACUGGAGGCCUGUACUGUUGCUAUGAUCAAACACAAUGCAAAGUCAAAGAAGGCUUUCAGAGUGCCAGGAGAAGCCUCUACCUUAGAUAUACUGUGGAAUGGGCUGAUUGGUCUGAUUUUUUCUUGCCUGUUCAGAUAUAUAUUUUUGACGUAACAGACACUUGGACUGGUUUGAACUCGGCCGAACACCAUUGCAAAAUUGAAUAUGAGGUUGCAGAAUCUUGCAAGACCACUACUGGUGUGAUGAGUAAUGAGUGCAUUGACACCAGAAGGAACAAGGCCAGGAUUCCAGCUGGGGGAUAUGUCGUCUAUGGCGUUGCUCAUCAGCAUACUGGCGGAAUCGGGUCAACCUUAUACGGAGAGGAUGGGAGGGUGAUUUGCUCGUCGAUACCGAUCUAUGGAAAAGGAGAGGAAGCAGGAAACGAGGAGGGUUACAUAGUGGGAAUGACCACUUGCUAUCCUCAACCAGGCUCUGUCAAGAUACUUGAUGGGGAGACUCUGAUUCUUGAGUCAAAUUACAGCAGCAGCCAACCCCACACAGGGGUUAUGGGGCUUUUCUACAUUUUGGUUGCUGAGAAAUUGCCAAAUCCAACUGUCUCCAUGCACUCUCCACUUUGAGUGAGACAUCUUUCAUUUAAAGCACUACUUUUGUAUGAUUGGAGUUAAUGUAGGGUAUCUAUAUCCUGAGGGAUCUUGAAGGGGCAUAAAAUAUAAUUACUUGUGUAGAAUAAUUUGAGUUUGUGCUUGGCAGUAAAAAUGAAUCUCUAAUGUAAACAUUCGAGUUUUGUCUGGAAAUACACAAUAUUAGUUCAAUGUUGAAUGAUGAUGAUAAGCAAAGUGGUAUUUUUUUCCUUGGUAAA